CCUGUAACAGUGUUAGAUUUACAAAGAGUAGACAGACUUGAAGGUCUCCUCUAGGAGACCAUCAUCAGCUUUUCUUAGGGAAGGUUGGACUGGGUUUUGGAUUUUGCUGAGCUGGUACUAUCUUUGAACCUACAAAUCCCUUUUUUUCCAAGGUGAGAAUGAGCUAGGGAGAGAGGGGGAACAGAAGGACAAUGGUCACCCCAUCAGACCCAUUCCCUGGGCUGGAACCACAUGAACCAACACAGUAGCUAAUACCAAACACCGUAAGGACUGCUAGACUAUGGGUACCAUCUCACACAUGCAUCUCACACAUACACUUGCAGGUAUGCAAUUUCUCAUCCAAGCCAGGGGCAAUUUCAGAGUAAUACCUUGCCCCUACCCCCCACUGUGCCUAAGCCUUCUGAUCAACCCCCACCCAUACCAUACUGGUGCCUCCAAACCAGUCUUCCUGAUGGAACACAGGGAAAAGCAUCAAGGCCCUUGUCAGAGCUCAGGUUUCAGUGCUGCAUCAAUACUGUAGAGAAGCCCCUGUUUCUGCAUUCACCUCUUCACAGCUCUCACAGCACAUUCCCAGACUUGGGGGAGAGAGGCUUCCAAGUUAUUAGAAUUAGAGUAUGUUUAUGUGUGUGUGGGUGGGUACAUGGUAGAAAGUACAGAUGUCUCCUUAUGUCACAUUCUGUCGCGAAGGAGGAUUUGCCUAGGGAGGAGGCAAGGGCUUUAAAAAGCCUUAGGACCAGUGGGAUCCAGGGCAGAAGGAAGCACCUUCAAGCAAAGAGUCACCAGUGCAGCUGGUAGGUGCCUGGGAUCAAGAGGGGUAGAGUGGAUGGGACAAGGGAUGUUUGGGGGUUCUCUCUAAAGGUCCAUGUUAGGGAGCAGGUUGCUUGGGUUUUGUUGGCUCCACUUCUCAGUAAGUCUCUGCCCCAUAACAACCCUCUGGCCCCCAUCCCCUUAAAAGGAAGGAUCUAUGCCCAAAAGGCUCCACGUAUUAUAGUGUAAAACAAAUUGGGAUCUCUUCCUUCUCCCAUUUUCCUCUAAAACUCAAACCAGUAAAUCUCAGAGUCUGAGGAGGGAGCUGAGGGAAAGACAAGGGAUAAAAUUUGGGAGCCUCAUAGGUUUUUAUUCUUAUCUAUUCCUCUCAGGAGGGGCAAAUUAUGCCUUCUUCUUGAAGAACCAUUGCCAUACACACUCUCUUUCUCUGCUCCCUGCACCCCUCCCCUCCACUGGAGCUGCUGCCAUGGUUGCCAGGCAUGGUUGCUAAGUCUCUGCAUGGAAGGGUUGGCGUGGGCUGUGCUGCCACUAACAUUACCAUGGUGAAUCAGGGGACACCUGGUCUAGGCUUGGGGGAGGAGUCAUGUGGAUAAGCAACAACCCCCAGGACAGAUAAGCCCCAAAGGUGAGCAUCUUGAGCACUACUUCAGGUGGGGGCUGUGUGAACUAGGCACGGUGGUUGUGGAGCUCUACACUGAGAAGUAGAGGCCACGUUUAUCAUUUCAGUUGCUAGGGGAUUAGUUUUGCCCAGGGAGCACACCAUUUCUCCUCUAUCCCUCUGUAAGGGUGCACGUGUGCAAACACUCUAUUCUGUCCUCCAUAAAGCUGGGCAGAAUUGUGUAGGCACAGAACAAUGUAACCCCAAAAUCCUGGCUUCUGGAUUGGGGAGAGAUCCUGCUGCUAGGGGAAGGCUCCCUGGGUGUCCAAGGACAAACAUCUAGAAUGGGAGCUGCGGGGCAGCUUGGGUGGCCAAGGCAGACUCCUGUGUCCUGUUGUACCAGCAGACCUGCGCUGCAGCACUGACAGGGUGAGGAAUUAAGGCUGUAGGGGUCACCCUUAUUGAGCUUGGGGAAGGCAGCUCUCCCGGAGUCACACAAAAGCUUCAGUGAAAGCCACCGCCUCCUCUCUCCACCACAUGGGAGCUGGUUACUCAUCUCAUCUCUGUACCCAAACUGCCGCUAAAAAUAGCCCCCCAGCCGUAGGCCAGCCCCUCCUGCACCCUAACCCCAUGGAAACCAGCAGAGUGGCAGGCAGAGACCUUGAGUUCCAUUCUCACCACUCCCUGUCAGGGAAACUGAAAUCUGAAGCAGGAAGUCAGAGGCAGAACCCUUGUGGUCAGGCAACAUGGCAAGCUGGAGAAUAAAGGGUUAAAACGACAGGAAGGUUGAAGAAAGGGGGACAGCGGGGGAGGGGGCACUGUCAUCUUGGCAAGAAUCUUAAGUCCCUCCCCCUCCCACUCGCGCGGUCCCAUCAGGCUUGGGGGACAAGAGCAGUGGGAAGGGGCGUCCAAUCCCGGGCCCCAGGGGGCGGCCGAGCACAUGGGGGAGGUAGCAGCGCGGAGCCAUCCGCGCAGUGUCACAUGCGCGCGCACACACACAGACAGGCACACACGUGUGCCCGGGUAUAUAUAGUUCUCAGUCCUGAGCCCGCCGCUCUGCAGUGGGCGCCGGCUCCCUGGGCUGGGAGGGGGCUGUCGGGGCGGGUGGGAGGGUGGGGGGCCGGGGUGGGGUGGGGCAGGAUGCUGGAUGGCCCGCUAUUCUCCGAGGGGCCCGACAGCCCCCAGGAGCUCCAGGAUGAGGAGUCUGGCAGUUGCCUCUGGGUGCAGAAGUCCAAGCUUUUGGUGAUCGAAGUGAAGACUAUUUCCUGUCAUUAUAGUCGCCGCGCCCCUUCUCGACAGCCCAUGGACUUCCAGGCCAGCCACUGGGCUCGCGGGCCCCAGAGCCGCACGUGUGGGCCGCGCCCGGGAUCCCCUGAGCCGCCGCCCCGCCGGCCCUGGGCCUCCAGGGUGCUGCAGGAGGCGACCAACUGGCGGGCGGGGUCCCUGGCCGAGGUCCGAGCCCGGGAGCAAGAGAAAAGGAAAGCGGCGUCGCAGGAGCGGGAGGCCAAGGAGACCGAGCGAAAAAGGCGCAAGGCUGGUGGGGCCCGACGGAGCCCCCCGGGUCGGCCCCGCCUAGAGCCCCGCAACGUCACUCGGGCGGCCCAGCCUGUGAGGCUGCUAGCUCCCUCACUGCUGGAGCGUCCCGGGCCAGUGGGCCGAGCGCCCCGUCCAUCCGCGCAGCCGCAGAGCGCCCCAGGGUCGGCGUGGGCGGGGCCCUGGGGAGGUCGGCGGCCCGGGCCCCCAAGCUACGAGGCUCACCUGCUGCUGAGAGGCUCUGCUGGGACCGCCCCGCGACGCCGCUGGGACCGGCCGCCACCCUACGUGGCUCCACCUUCUUACGAAGGCCCUCACAGGACCUUGGGGACUAAGCGAGGCCCCGAGCUCUCCCAGGCGCCCACUUCAUCAACUCCAACUCCAACCCCCGCCAGGAUAGAGGGAGGGCGCACAAAGAAGAGGUUGGAUCCUCGGAUCUACCGGGACGUCCUCGGGGCUUGGGGUCUCCGACAGGGGCAGGGUCUCUUGGGGGGAUCCCCAGGCUGUGGAGCGGCCAGAGCAAGGCCGGAGCCGGGCAAGGGGGCCGCGGAGAAAAGCCUGGGGCCGGCUGCUGCGGGCCUGAACAGUGGUAGCUACAGCCAUUCCCAAACCAAAGCUACAGGGAGUCCAGACACCGUGACAGCUCCCCCAGGGUCUGCAACUGCGCCUCCUAGCCCCCCGCGUCCCGCUCCCAGGGCCAGGCACCAUCUCAAGGGCUCGAGGGAAGGGAAAGAAGGAAGAGAACCGACCUGGUUCCCCAAAUGCUGGAUUUCUUCCCCUAAAAGGCAGCCGCCAAGGCAUAGCCAGACACUCCCCAGACCUUGGGCUCCAGGAGGCACGGGAUGGAGAGAGCCCCUGGGUAAUAGGGAGGGGAUAGGACCCGAGUCCUUGAAGGGUUGGAAGGAGACCCGCCGCGCCCACACCUUGCCCCGCAGUUCCCGGGGGCCGGCUCGUGGAGAAGGCGUCUUUGUCAUUGACGCCACGUGCGUGGUGAUACGAUCCCAAUAUGUUCCGCACCCCCAAAUCCAGCAGGUGCAGCUUUUGCCCUCUGGAGUGCCGCGUGUUGUGGGAGAUGCCCCCAGCCAACCGAAGGCCGGUAAGGAGGAGGGCGAGGGGGCCGCGGUCUUUUCCUCCCCGUGCCAAAAGCUGCUGUUGAGCAGUCGCCUUUUACACCAACCCGGUGGAGGGCGCGGGUGCGAAGCAGAGGGCGGGAAGCCGGCAGACUCCUCACUGGAGCAGCGCGCCUCCCGUAUCUUGGGGCUCCCAGUCGGUGAAGUAAGCCUGCGGGACGCCCGCGCGCAGCCAGGUAGCCCAGAGCACCCAGCCUUAGGCCCAGCAGCUUUGGGAGGCGCGGGCAGAGCGGAGGGCUCAGAAGUGGCGGCGGUCCAGUGGCGCGCUGGCCGGGGCUGGGCGCGGAAUCCAGGGCCCUACGCCGGGGCCCUGCGGGAAGCCGUGUCCCGUAUCCGCCGCCACACCGCCCCGGACUCAGACACCGACGAAGCUGAGGAGCUCAGCGUCCAUAGUAGCUCCUAUGAAGGAAGCGACACAGAAGCCCCGGGCGCCUCCUGGCGGAACGAGAGGACCCUGCCGGGAGUUGAGAACAGCCAGCCCCAGGAAGGUGGGAAGACAGCUGAACUGGGUGACAGUAUCCGGGAGAUUUUAGAUGUCAUCAGCCAUACCGAGGAGGCCCUCUUCCGGGCGAGGGACACCAAGGAGCCCCCACAGGGUAAUAGGGAGAGGCAGUAACAGGCCCUUUCUUGUGUUUGUGUGCCCCAAACCAUCCAUCCUUGGGCUCACUGGUCCCCAUUCUUCCCCACAGACUUCCUUUGCUUCUAUUUUCCUUGUAUCCCUACCCAUUCCCAUUCCCAUACUUAAAAUAAAAAGAAAGGAACGGCCCUGA